AUGUUUCCCGUCCUACUAUUUAUUAUUUUUGUAAGACUAUGUACGGGAUUAAAACACAGGGCUGAUUCACAGGCUUUGGAUUUCUCAGAUGCCAAUUUUUUUGAUGUAGGUUUUGAUUUGGACAUCAAUGAAGCCAUCGAGCCAUCGGGCCAUAUCGACUCCUUUCUCCAACGCGUUGAUCGUGACGAUAAGUCUAAGGGAUUACACGAGUUUACGCCUAUACAAAACACUAUUGGACAGAGCCAAACCCAAUAUUAUUCAUUUAACGUCAAUACUUCAAGUGGACUUGGAGAGUACUACGAAUUUUUGAUUUUUCUUACCGGAAAUAUAUGUUCCCAACCACUGAAUGUCAAGGAAAACGAGACCAGUCUUGCUGUCUACUACUCGUUCAAUCUGAGCAUGUUUAGCAACUUUGAAAUCGGACAAAUGGUGCUUUAUGAGAACGGCUAUUUCCAGGCCUUGGCAGACGUCCCCGUGGCUGCCAAUUCAGAGAGUGAUGAUCUGGUGUUGUAUAUCGCUGUGAGAGCUCCUCAGAACACCAAUACCCUGGCAAUUUGGUCAUAUGAGAUUGGUGUGUCACAAAACGACUUGGUUUUCCAAUGGGACGACAGAACAUGGGCAUCACUAGUCGAUACGGAUCCACAUUCUGCGUUGAUUGUCACUGGUAAUUUGACCACAAAAGAAGAUUUCAAUGCAUCCAGCGCCAAUGCAACCCACUCACGGUACUCUUUGUUCAUUUACGACUAUCAGUACCGGGACCUUUUCAAGCAACUUAAUAAUAGUUGGUGCGCCGUUAAAAAUGGACCUGCGUUGAUGUCUACUUCUCAGUUCCAGCGAAGCUAUACUACUCGAGGAGGAGGGCUCCAGCAGCAGUUUUACGUCGAAGGACUAAAUUCUUCAACAAAAUAUGUGGCUUAUCUAGUAUCCAAUUUCGGUGGAAGCAAAUUUGGUGGUGCAGUCUAUCAACCUUUCACAUUCGAGACUAUGGACGAAGGCCCGUGCCUGCUCCUAUACGACCUCGAUUUCUGCGACCAGGUGGCAUACUCGGUUCCUAUGCCAUACGGCCAAUCGAAAGAAAAAUUACGAGAUACCUAUGACAACUAUGCCCGAGAAGUAUAUACCAAUUUUUCCAAGGCAAUGGACCAAAUCAGCUGCGAAACCACCAACGAUGCCAUUUUUUCGCCUGUUCGAACCUGCGAUGAUUGCCGUAACUCCUAUAAAAACUGGCUCUGUUCAGUGAUGAUUCCUCGUUGCAGUACUCGAGAUAUCAAAGGCUACAAGUUACGAGAAGUUAACAAUUCACGCAGUGACUUUAUAAACCAAGAAAUUGCUCCACUGGAUCCAUACUUUGAAAUUCUCCCUUGUGUGAAUGUCUGUCAAGCCAUAGUAAGAGAUUGCCCUGCGGAUUUUGGUUUCUUGUGUCCCACUAAGAAUGGCAGCAUCAGCUUAUCAUAUUACUGGGACGACGGUGGAGAAUUUCCCACCUGUAAUUAUGUGGGAGAUGUAAUAGCCACUGUCAGUGCUGCCACCAGAGCCAUUCUUAACUGGUGGAUGAUAAUGUUGAUGAUUCUGGCAUUGAUUAUAACCCUAUAG